AUGCCAGGAAAUGAUGGCCCCAGCUCUCACGAGGGCACCUCAAAGGAAGCUACAGGGAGCCUGUGCUCAGCAGAGGAUGCAAAGAAAACUGAGGGCACCAGUGAGGAAGCCACCACCUCUGCAGUGGAAGGCGCAGAAGGGGUGGUUGGAGCUGAGUCUGCUUCUGGUGGCACAGAUGAGGAUGCUGCAGAGAGUGCUCCUCCUCGCAAUGAGUACAGGGCUCCCGAGCACGUAUCUAUCCCUGAUGCCAUGCUAAGUCGGCGCGUCAUUGACCACUAUAAAGAGGAGGAUGCUGUGCAAGCCUUCCCCAUCAACCAUGCGGGGGAGCACAGCUCUGGCUGGCAGCUGUAUGACGUGGAUGACGAGAACACGAUUGUGUGGUGGAUGCUGGACCUCACCGGCGGCCGCGUCCCAGAGAAUGAGAAGAAUGCGCAGCUCAGCGACGACGUCAAGCACUUCAUGUACCGGCUCAACAAGGAGGGCGGGUGGUCAGUGCCCCAGAUAGCGGAGCUGUUCCGGGUGCGGCAGCAGCGGGUGAUGGCGAUCAUCGCGCUGAAGGAGAUGGAGGUUGGGAAGCGCGAGAGCGGCGAGGAGCUGCUGGAAGACCUGCACGAGGACAUGGAGCGCGUCUUCGAGUGCCAUGAGGUCCGCGGCAGAUUCGAGCGCCACGUGCGGCUGCUGCCGACCAAGCCCGCCUUCGAGGUGAUUGGGACGGGAGGGGGAGGGAGAAAAGGGAAGAAAGGGAAGGGGAAGGGAGAUGCAGAGAGGGUGUAUGAGAGCCACGAGGACCCCAGCUGGGAGAGUGAGGUGAGGAUAAGGGAGGAGGAGGUUGCCGCGCAUGAGGAGAGGAUCCUGGUCAAGGAGUUCAGGGAGCGGCUGGCCUUCAACCUUGGCAAGGUGGGUCAGAGCAUCAGCAAUGAGAGCAGAGCCAGGCAGGCGCCCCAGAGGCCCAAGGAGGGGUGGAGCGUUGUUGUGCGGCCUGCCGGACGUGGAGUGGAGUUUGAGCCCUUUGUGGCGCGGCCUGAUGGCUCCAGGCGGCCCCUCUCGUCUGACGAGGACCUCUACAUCAACCGCAUGAAGCCGCUUCGCCGCCGGACAAUAUUGUAG